AUGAUGCCAGCCGACCCCGCCGCGCGGCCCUGCGCGUGCACGGCUCGCGUCGGGCGACCACGGCUGAACCCCACCACCGCGACGCCGCAGCGCGCCCAGCCUGCUGCGACGUGCCGCCCUGGCCGGCCCGCUCGCCACUGCCAGACUAGCACGACCACAUGCGCCCUCAGGGGCGCGCCGGGCGACGGCGCGAGCCACGCGCAGUCCCUGCACGCGUCCGACGCCCUCUUGCGCGCCGAGGCCGCGCUCCGCCGCGCGCCCCUGGCCGCGAUCUCCAUCGAGGACCUCAAGCGCGGCAUCGACCCCUCGGCGAUCGAGAAGGAGGGCUUCGCGGGCGUCAGGGACCGCGUCAAACGCUUCGUCGACUCCAUGUACUACGGAGACGUCUUUCCCCCGGUGGGCUCGCUGCGGAUCUCGUACGCGCGGCUCCUGGAGCUGAUGCACCAGCGCGUGGUCAAGCGCAUCUACCUCUUCGCGGACGGCAAGUACGCGAUGGUCGAGGUGCCGGUGCCGGGGUGGGCGUCGAGCUACGACGCUGGGCAACUCUUCGAGCGCGGCAACCCCGACGUGAUGUACGUGCCGGAGCAGGAGGAGUGGGCGAUGGAGAAGUGGCGGUACUACUGCGAGCUCCCGGGCGACGUGUGGGAGUCGGGGGAGCUCAUGAGCCUCGUGAAGCGCGAGAUGAUGGUCCACCGCGACGCCCGCGGCCGCGUCCCGUACGAGAACCUGCGCCGGCAGGGCGAGGUGACAACGGAGCUGUGCGUGGUGGACCCGUCCGCGAACUCGGUCUUCCUCUCGAACUUCUCCGGCCAGCUCGUCCCUAUCUUCGGCAUCGUCGCGCUCCGCGGCCUGGUCGCGGUCGGCGACGGCGUGCUGCGCGCGCUGGGCAUUGAGGGGAAGAAGGACCGGCAGACGGAGCAGGCGGAGAUGAUGACCAAGUCGCGGGCCAAGUCGUUCAAUGUGGACGAGGAGGAGGCGGGCAAGAAGGGCAAGGAGGGCCUCCGCGGGACGCUCGAGAGCAUGGCGGGGAAGAAGAAGGCGCGCCGCACCACGGGCGUGACCUUCGCGGACGUGGCGGGCGUCGACCACGUCAUGGGCGACGUCGAGGAGGUCCUGCGGAUGAUCAUGCGCACCGACGAGUCCUACGAGAAGGCCGGCGCCAAGCCGUUCAAGGGCAUCCUUCUCCAGGGCCCGCCCGGCACGGGCAAGACGCUCCUCGCCAAGGCCAUGGCGGGGGAGUCCGGCGUGCCGUUCUACAGCGCGAACGGCGCGGAGUUCGUGGAGAUGUUCCAGGGUGUGGCGGCGGCGCGCAUCCGCAACCUGUUCAAGCAGGCCCGGAAGCACCGCGACCGCGGCGCCAUCGUCUUCAUCGACGAGAUCGACGCCAUCGGCAAGGCGCGCGGGUCCGGGAUCCAGGGCGACGCGGGGACGCAGGAGCGGGAGCAGGGUCUGAUGCAGCUGCUGGUCGAAAUGGACGGGUUCCGCGCGAACGACCGCGUGCUGGUGAUCGCGGCGACGAACCGCGUGGACGUCCUCGACGACGCGCUCCUGCGCCCCGGCCGCUUCGACCGCGUGAUAUACAUGGGCAACCCGCGCGCGGCGGACCGCGAGCAGAUCCUGCGCGUGCACACGCGCGAGUCGAAGCGCGAGAACCGCCGCGCGAAGCGGUUCGGCGACGGCAGCGACGCCGCGAUGGACGAGAUGCUGCGCCGGACCGCGCAGCUCACCGCGGGCUUCUCGGGCGCGCAGCUGGCCAACCUGCUGAACGAGGCCGCGAUCUGCUCGGUGCGGCGGGCCGCGCGGGAGAAGCGCGCGGCGGCCGCGAGCGGCAACGGCGCGGGCGCGGCGGGGUCGGACGACGCGCACACAAUCCAGAUGGAGGACAUCUUGGAGGCGCUGGACAAGAUCAGGCUGGGACUCCCCCAGAGCCCUAUUGCGGACUCCCCCGCGAAGGCGCGGCUGGCGCGCGUGCAGGCGGCGCGCGCGGUCGGGUUCGCGCUGUGCCCGGGGUUCCCGGAGCCGCAGAACGUGUCGAUCAGGCCCCGGGGGGGGUCCGUGGGGCGUAUUCUCUUCUCGCCCGCGACCUCGAUGGGAUCCGAGCCGACGGGGAUCCCGAAGCUCGACAGCCUGCGCGAGACGCGCCUCAUGGGCGACUUCGAGUACCUCGCGAGGCUCCUCGUCCCCCUGUACGCCGGCCGCGCCGCCGAGGAGGUCCUGUACGGCCCGGACUUCUCCUCGAUGGCCACGGCGCAGGAGGUGUCGGUGGCCAGCGACAUCGCGGACUACCUGGCCGCGUCCUCGACGCUCCACCCGGACUUCAAGGACAGCCCCGUGCGCGCCGGCAUGCUCCUCGGCGGCGAGGCGGACCCCGCCACGCGCGGCCUCGCCACCGUGUUCGAACGGCGCGCCGUGGCGCUGCAGACCGAGGCGUUCGCGGCGGCGCGCAAGAUGAUCUUCGAGCGCCGCGCCGCGAUCGAGAAGAUCGCGGCCGAGCUGCUCUCGAGCCGCAACGAGGCGAUCGACGGCGCCGCGCUCGUCGACGUCCUGACAGACACCCCCCUCGACGCGGUGCCGCUCGACGAGGCGAAGCGCACCGAGGCGGCCGUCGCGGCCGCGCGCCGGGCGGCGGGGGCGAUCUCUGUGCCCGACGACGUCGCGGAGGCCGUCACGGGCGUCGUUGCGGCCGCGGGCGAGGAGCGGGCGGCGGCGCGCAAGGCGGCCACGGACCGGCUGCUGCCGGAGCUGUGGCAGCCGAUUGCGACGCGGUCGGGGCGCGGGCUGAUGGAGCACAUGGGGCUGCGGGACGAGGCGAAGCGCGCGGAGGCGACGGCGGCGUUCGCGACGCAAGAGGGCGCGCAGUUCCCUCCGCCGCCCGGGGGAGUGGACGAGCUGAGGUGGCAGGGGUCGGACUACGCGGACUGGGUCGGGCCGCUGCCGGAGGAGAUCGAGGCAGGGGGUGUGUGA